AUGCCGAAGCGCGCGCAUGACGUUGUCGACCUAACAGGCGACGAUGAAAGUGAGACGCGUCAAAAACGGCCCGCUACCGGUUCAUCAAGUCAGCGCCAACACCAAAGCCAAAGCUAUCCUGGACAAGGUGGAACCAGCGUCUAUGGCGGUUCAUCGCAAAAUGUCCCUUCAUCCACUGCUGAACCAGAUUAUCUUGACCUGACUCAGGAUGAUGAGGACCCUCCUCUUGAAUUAUACGGAACAUUCCAUGGAAAGAUUGUUGGUGUAAGAUAUUACGCAGGAUACGCAUCACCAGGUGAAGCUGUUCUCUGCAAACGAGAACCCAACAACCAGUACGAUAGCAAUGCUAUUCGGGUAGACAACGUCCUUGGCCAUCAGAUCGGUCAUAUCCCUCGAAAUGUCGCGUCAAAAGUCGCCCCAUAUGUGGAUCGCGGCGAUAUCGUCCUCGAAGCCCAGCUCACGGGAGAAAAGGCUUUCUAUGAUUGUCCAGUUAAGCUCUUCUUCUAUGGGCCUAGCGACCCGCAGGAGCGCUCCAGGAUCGAGGAAUUACUCAAAAAGGAUAAGCUAGUCAAGGUGACUGAACUCAAGAACACUAGAAAGGAAGCUGAGGCCCGCAAGAAGGCUGCAAUGGGUCUGAAGAGCGGCACCUCGACCCAUGGAGUUGGUGAUGCACUUGCUGUUCCCCAGAAGCCAGAGAUCACCAUGGAUAAUGUGCUCCAGAACAGUGAAGCUGUUGAGAUGCGCAAAGGCGGUGAUGCUAUCAAGUCUCUUGCGAUUGGUGAGGAUGAGUUGGAAAAAAUGCCAAUGGCUGAGCAGCCCGAAGACCUCAAGGCACAGCUUUUGCCAUACCAGCUACAGGGAUUGGCCUGGAUGACUGCCAAAGAAAACCCACGACUCCCACCCGAGGGUUCCAAGGAGCCUGUACAGCUCUGGCUGCAGCAGUCCAAGAAAAAGUUCUAUAAUGUUGCGUCUGGCUUCGUAACAAGUACCGCACCGAAACUGCUCUCAGGAGGUAUCCUUGCCGACGACAUGGGCUUGGGCAAAACUCUGCAGAUCAUCAGCUUGAUCCUGACUGGUGGCAAGGGCCCAACUCUCAUCGUUGCACCUGUCAGUGUCAUGAGUAAUUGGAGCCAGCAGAUCAAGCGACACGUCCAUGGCGACAAGCAGCCCAGCAUACUCACAUAUCAUGGAAGCGAAAAGGCGACAGCGAAACAGCUCCAGGGUUACGACGUUGUGAUUACCAGUUAUGGAAGACUGGCCAGAGAGCGUGAUCAGGGUAUAAAUCGAGUCUUGACCUCGCAGCACAUCAAGUGGCGCCGUGUGGUUCUCGAUGAGGGCCACACUAUUCGAAAUUCCACUACAAAGGUGGCCCAGGCUGCCUGUGAGAUCAAUGCAGAGUCUCGCUGGGUCUUGACAGGAACCCCAAUUGUUAAUUCGGUCAAGGAUCUACACUCUCUUGUCAAGUUUCUUCACAUCACCGGAGGUAUCGAGCAGUCUGAAAUCUUCAACGCGCAAAUCAGUCGUAGACUGGCUUCCGGAGACAAGGGCGGUGAAACGCUUCUUCAGGCGCUCAUGCACGACCUUUGUCUGCGUCGCAAAAAGGAUAUGAAGUUUGUGGAUCUCAGGUUACCAGCCAAGAAGGAGUACGUCCAUAGAAUCCCAUUCCGAAAGGAUGAGAAGCGCAAGUACGAUGCAUUACUGGAUGAAGCCAGAGGCGAGCUUGAGCAAUGGCAGGCAGGCUCCCAAGUCGGACAGAAGGGACGCUUCCAGAACGUACUAGAGCGCCUGCUUCGUCUUCGACAGAUUUGCAAUCAUUGGACCCUCUGCAAAGAGCGUGUUAGCGAUAUUCUUAAUCUACUCAACGAGCAUGAGGUAGUUCCCCUCAACGACAAGAACCGUGGCCUUCUUCAAGAGGCUCUCCGUCUGUACAUCGAAAGCCAGGAGGAAUGCGCAAUCUGCUAUGACAAGCCAAACGACCCCGUUAUCACAACCUGCAAGCAUGUGUUCUGUCGAAACUGCAUCACUCGCGCUAUCCAUAUCCAGCACAAAUGCCCAAUGUGUCGUAACAAGCUCGAAGAGAGCAGCCUUCUCGAACCAGCGCCUGAAGAUCCUGGCGAAGAAGAAGACUUUGACGCCGAGUUACAGAGCUCCAAGACGGAAGCGAUGCUGCAGAUUCUUAGAGCAACCAUGCGCAAGGAAGGAUCCAAGGUUGUUGUCUUCUCUCAAUGGACGUCGUUCCUCAAUAUUGUUGAGGCACAGCUGAAAGCUGAGGGAAUGGGUUACACACGCAUCGACGGUAGCAUGAAGGCGGACAGGCGUGACAAGGCCAUUGAGGCUCUCGACAACGACCCCAAGACACGCAUCAUGCUCGCCAGCCUGGCGGUCUGCAGUGUUGGUCUCAACCUCGUAGCUGCCGACACAGUCGUUCUCUCUGACAGCUGGUGGGCUCCCGCCAUCGAGGACCAGGCUAUUGACCGCGUUCACCGACUGGGGCAGACCCGUGAAACGACCAUAUUCCGCCUCGUCAUGGAGGGUUCAGUGGAGGAGCGCGUGCUUGAUGUACAGAGCGAGAAGCGAGAGCUGGUGACAAAGGCGUUCCAAGAAAAGAACUCCAAAAACAAGAAGCGCCAGACUACACGUGCAGCAGACAUUUCCAAGCUGCUCGGCUAA